AAUGGUCCUGCUACUCUUGAUUUCAGAAAACAGAGAACACGAUGCUGGUGGUGUCACAAAGGCAGAGUUGGGCCUAAAUGAGCAUCAUCAAAACGAAGUCAUUAAUUACAUGCGGUUUGCUCGUUCAAAAAGAGGCCUGAGACUUAAAACGGUAGACUCCUGCUUUCAAGACCUCAAGGAGAGCAGGCUGGUGGAGGAGCCAUUCACCCUGGAUGAGGUUUCAGAAGUCCUGAAUGGGCUGCAGGCUGUGGUGCACAGUGAGGUGGAGUCCGAGCUCAUCAACACAGCCUACACCAACGUCCUGCUCCUGCGGCAGCUCUUCUCCCAAGCUGAGAAGUGGUACCUAAAGCUACAGACAGACAUCUCUGAGCUUGAAAACAGAGAAUUAUUAGAACAAGUUGCUGAAUUUGAAAAGGCAGAAAUUACAUCUUCGAAUAAAAAGCCCAUGAUAGAUAUCACAAAGCCGAAACUUGUUCCAAUUAAUGAAGGAGGAACAACAGAACUGCUAAACCAGGAAAUUUUAAGACUUCAAGAAGAGAAUGAGAAAUUAAAGUCAAGGCUGAAAACCAUUGAAAUACAGGCUAUACAUGCUCUGGAUGAGAAGUCAAAGUUGGAAAGAGCACUUCAAGAUUUACAGCUUGACCAAGGAAAUCAACAGGAUUUUAUAAAGGCCCAAGACUUGGAUGACUUGGAAAACACAGUUGCAGCUCUUCGGAGUGAAUUUCAGAAGACACUUAAUGACAAGACAGAAAACCAGAAGUCUUUGGAGGAGAACCUAGCAGCAGCCAAACAUGACCUGCUCAGAGUCCAGGAGCAGCUGAGCAUGGCUGAGAAGGAGUUAGAGAAGAAAUUUCAACAAACGGCAGCCUAUCGAAAUAUGAAAGAGAUUCUCACCAAAAAGAAUGACCAAAUCAAAGACCUACGAAAAAGACUGGCAAAGUAAGCUGGC